AGUACAGCGCUUGUGACUGACUAGCAGAGACAAGUUGGAGUCGGCAAUCAGUUUGAAAACGACUUUCAUUCGCAACACAUGUAAACGGCAAGCAUUCGAUUACCUGAGAUGAAGUAAAAUUGACUUAACAGUAAGGCAAUAGAAUUGAGCUGAAGGAAAGUUCAAUAGGUACAUUACAAAGAGCGGUAGUGAAAACUGCUAAAACCGAAUUACUACCAAAUUUUAAAAACGAAGUGGACGGUGAAAUACAUAUAGAAGUGUGCAAAGUUGAGAGAUAGUGAACAGUGGUAGCUGCAGCAUCUCCAAAUGCUGGGUAAGCAAGUGGAUAAAGAGCCAAGCAAACCAACAAACGAAUAAACAAAAGUUAAUGCUUUUGCGCUACAAAGAAAAGUAUAGAAAAUAAAAGUAGAAAACCAAAAUUCAAACUAAUAGUAUAUACAUAUGUAGUGACGAAUAGAAGCAAGGGUGAAAUGAGCAGGUGAAUAGUGAAUUUUAGUUGUCAAUGGAGAAAUGUGCAUACAAAAAUUGUAUUAUCUGGUUACAUUAAAAAAAGUGUUAGCGUCUUCGAAAGUUCUACAUUUUACUUCCCAGUGCAGCAACUGCUCCGUGACAACCGAAUUAAUGAAAUAAGCGCUGUGUAAUUGAUUAAGCUAAGAACGUUGAACUUAAUUGUCGCACUUUAUUUAGAAAACCAUAAGACCACCUAAACAUAUUUCAUUUAUAUGAAGAUUAGGGAAAGAAAAAUAUAUUGAGUGUAUUCUUAGUAACUCAAAUUGAAGAAGUGCAACCCAGUUCAACAAAGUAUUUAUUGUCAGGUUGUAUGUUUAAAACGAGAACGUCAUAUAUGGUAAAUCUGAGAGAGGUAUAUUUUAGCUCAGCAUUAUCACAGUCCAAAAGCAAAAUCAAUAUAAGUUGUUAACUACUUGAAGUGCUUAAGAAAUGAAAAAAAUGAAUGCUAGCAAGUUGAACACAAUAACAAUGUUGACACCAUUGACAGCUAGUGGAACCAGUACAAAAUUGGAACAACACUCCAAGCCCAUACUAAGUCCAACACGAUCCCUCGACGAAGGUUUUGAAAGUGAUCCGGAUCGGGUGUCUACCGAUUCGGAGCAUCAAACAAGUGGAACGAAUUGCAGUAGUGGUAGUAGCCAUAAUAACAAUAGUCAGAACAACAAAAGAAAUAGUGUUGCAGAAAAGCAAAAUAGCGGCUCGACACUAGCUCAGCUGUCGUCAGCCGCCACGGGAGGUCUAACAGCGUCGACAGCAUCAGUAUCAACGUCACCAAUGACAACAAUAGCAAGCUUGGCUGCCACAUCUAGCGUGUCCACAACGGUAGCUCAAAAGGCAAGCGUGAAAACAGAUUUGCAUAAACUACGCUUGCUAACAAUGGUCGUUCCACCGUCUCAAAUUGCACGCCGACAGCCAGCGAUUAGUGUGACACCUGCUGCAACUCCUGCAAACUCUAACAACUAUCAAUAUGAUGGUGAUGACGCGAAAUCGACAUCCGACACGUCAAUGGAAACGUUUCUAAAAGAUCAGCAUUUGCAGCAGCAGCGACGUGGCUCAGCUGAGUCGGCGCACAAUAUCAACUAUCCGAUCGCUGUGACAACAUCAUCAUCUUCAGCUGCUUAUGUCCCUAACAAUAAUAACAAAAAUCAUUUAGUUAUGCAAUAUCGUACUGGAUCCAACUUGGCUGCUCUCACUGCCAAUGUGGCACGCGCCAGCGGUGCUUUAACCAAAUCCACAAGCAGUGGAAGCGGCUCGCCGUUGCCCCCACAGCGUCUACAAUAUCAAAAGCAACGUCAACCAAUGGUAGCCUCAGCCGCCGGUCAUCAGACAGUACACAAUCAUCGUUACACUACCAGUAGUACUGGCAUUGGAGGGGGCAUGACUAGUGGAUUUCGACGUGCACGCACACGAGCAAUGUCUCCCGCAGUAGUAAAUAGUCUGUCAAGCAACAGCCAUGGCGUCAGCAACAGUACAGGAGCCAGCAUUGGUGGUAUGCAAGUUCACACUUCACGAAGCCAGCUUCUUUCACGCAACGCCAAUAUGCGUUCGCAUUCGGUUGAUGCCAUAUCACGCCAUCGCAAUGGAUAUGACCCGACCAAUGCACUUAUUCUUAAGCACGAUGGCAGUGGCGUCACGAGUUCGGGCAAUCAUAGCGUCCAUAGCGCUGGUGGUUCCAGCAACACCGCCAGCAAUACACGCAUGAUGAACUAUAAAUACUGUAGUGGGGGUGUUGGAACCGGCACGACGAGCGCUGGUCAAGCUCUGCUAGUACAGCCCAUUUCGAGUGCAACUUUGUCGACGAGCACAGCAGCAGUUUCACUUCCAGCCGCUACAACAGUUCUUAAUCCAGCGAAUGCUGUUGAUGCCGCUGCUGCGUUGGUCGCAGCAGCUGGUGGAUCACCGGUUAUCGCUUCGGCCACCAAUAGUCUGUACACGUUCUACCCAGCCGAAGGCAAUUUGCAAGUAUGGCAGUCAGAGUGCGGCGACCUCACGUACAAAUCAUCGCGCAAUCAGCACACGCACAAGGCACCGGUUUGUUGGACACAAUCGAUACCAAGGCAAACAAGACGAUACAUUACUCCAGCAACCUCGUCCAACGGCAGUGGCGCUUCCAGUAUAAUUUAUCCAUCCACGAAUGGACAAGUAUAUAGGUUGCAUACGGCCACGACUGUGAAUAAUGUACCGUUAUCGCAGGCGAAUGUUGUGAGCAUUUCUUCUUGUAACAACAAUAAUAACGGAAGUGUGGACAAUGUAGACGGUUAUCACAGCGAAAACAGCGGGGGAACAAGAGACAUAAACUCGCCGAGUGGAUUCUCACAAAGAUUAAAAGAAUUAGCGGCAUCAGCAGGCCUGUUAACACUAAAGCCCCGACAUCCGCUGAAGCCAGUAAUAAAGACGCGUGGCUCACCAGGAUCCGAAUUCCCGAAGAAGGUGACAUUCAGUGCCUUUGCUACCGUACAAGUGGUGUAGUGUACAGGCAAAGUUAUGACUUAGUUAUAGUCAGAAGCUUGGACGUUGACGCUUCGCUAUGUAAAAUUAUUGUUGUUAUUCGUAAUUGUAUUUACACAAAACUAACAUGACAGAUGUACGUAUGUAUUGGUUUAAAGCAAAUGGGUUUACUGUAGUUAGCAAUGCCCGCUUUACUAUACCUAUAUAUGAGCAAUCACAUUUUUAUUUACAUAUGUAUAUAUGUACUUACCAUGUAUAAACAAAUUACGUGGGUACUAUAUAUUUGAAUUGUUUUUGUUGUUGUUAUUUAUUAAUAUACACCCGAUGGAUGAGUUAAAAUAUGUAUUUACUUACGAAUGCUAGGAAUAACAAAAAUUAAAAUUAUCAAUAAAAAGAAGCACUUUGAAUACCCACACCUAUGUACAUCACAUAGUCGCACAGGUUCACAGAAGAGUGAAAAAUGAAGUUCCGGCAAAAAUGUGUGAACUUUAAGAUAUUCAUAUUCAUCAUUUGUUGAUUAUUUAAAUGGGUUGCAUUUGAAUGUAUAUAGUCUCAGUAUUUUUAUUAUAACAAUUUGAAGACCAUUAUUUGGAUACAGUUAUGUGCAAUGUGUGCAAGUAAUUAAAGAAGUUGCUGGAUAAACUAAAAUGAUUCGAAUAACCUGAAUUGUUUGCGUUUUGUGCAAUAUCAAUUUGGCUUAUAAAAAUUAUCAUUUUAAGUUGUAAACAAAAACACAAUUAGGAAUAGCUGUAAGUUAAUUUUUUACAGAGUACAUACACACAUUUUACAUAUACAUACAAGUAUAUGCGCAUGCACUGUGCUAUAAUUUGUUCACAAUUAAUUUUGUUGUAAAUUUAUCUAUUAUAAUAAAUACAAUGUAUUUAUAAGUACAUACAUAUGUACAUUAAGGUAUUCUUAUUUAAGAUAAAUCAAGUUUUACGAAAUGCCGAUUGGAUUGUUUCUCUAGUCAAGUAAAUACUUAAAGAGUAAAUAAAAUGUAGUUAAAGUUUUAAUUUUAUUAAAACGGUUUCUUGAAUUGUAUCAGGUGAUUAUAUAACAUACAUAUAUAAAAAUUGUAUAUUUCCGUGAAAACAGAAUUACAUAUCUGCAUCCUUUAAGUAAUGUACGUCGUGUUCGGUAUUAUUGCAAUCAAAUCGAAUCAAUCGUAUUCGCUGAAAUUGACGACCAAAUCAAAAAUUUAUAAUUUUUUCAAUAAAAUUUCGAAUUAAUA